GAAGAGGAGCCAAUCAGCGUUCCUGGCGGGUCCUGAGCUGUUGCUGCUCCGAUCUGUUCCAGUUUUCUGUAAACAUUUUAACACUAUUUCUUUAAACGGCAUGGCGUCGUUUGUGGCUGAAGUUCUCGCCAGCUCCGGCAAACUGGAGAAAGAGGACCUGUCGGGGAAAGUCAGUAAAAUGUCGCGCAAAGUGGAAGAUACGAAGGAAGAAGUAUGUGAGAUGAUAAACAAGAGGUACAGCGACUUCCUGCCAACCCUUCAGGGCUCUGAGGAUCUCAUGGUGCAGGUUGAGACAGUCUCCAAAGAAAUGGACGCCCUUAAAACUUGUAUCGAGACUGAGGUGCGGCCAAAUAUCCACAUGGCUGUGGCGGAAUACACGAAGCUGAAGCAGCAGCUGGAGAAAAAUACUGUCAUCAUAACAAUGCUUGGACAUCUAAAAGAGUUUCACAGUGCAAUGGAGGAGUUCAACAAAGCUUUACAGGAGAAGAAGUAUGUCGAUGCAGCCAACCAACUGGAAAGGGCGAGGGAUAACGUGGAUUCACUGAAGAGCUGGAAAAUUUCUCAGCUGCCGCUCCUCAGCGCCAUCAACUCUGAGCUGACGGUGCAGAGAGAAAACUUAAUUUACCACCUGGGAGACGAAUGGAAGCGCCUCGUCAUCUGGACAUUACCGUCCUCAAAGGAACCUGCGGGUCAGAAGUCCUUCCUGAAGGUGGAGCUGAACCUGAGCAAUGCUUGCAAUGGAGACGGUGAACUGAAACCAUCCGCUCUGCUGUGCUGCAUCCUCCAAGCUCUGGCCAUCCAGGGAGAGCUCCAGCACAAGAUCAAACUCUUCAGUCAGGUGCUUCUGAAGAACAUGUUGAAGCCGUUGGUGAUGUACGCGUCGCUGUCGGUGAGGGUGACAGAGCAGCAGGACGAGGGAACCAUUCUGGCCUUACAGUGUUUGGAGGAGAGCCAUGAGGAGCGAUCAGCACCUUCUCAGGUCUACAGCAAACUGCUGCUGGUGCUCAAGACGCUGCACUCACACCUGCUAGACGUUUCCAUUGGUGAUAAAAAGCUCUCGGCUAUCUUGGGCGAGCUGAUCUGGGAGGAACUGUCUCGGUGCAUCAUCCAUGAGUGUCUGGUCCACUCCAUCCCUACCAACAGCAGCCAGCUGGAGAAAUACAACACUGUGAUCAAGGAAACAGAAGACUUUGAGAAGUCUCUGAAGGAGAUGGAGUAUCUGCAUGGCGAUUCCACAGACCUGCUCAAAUAUGCCAGAGAUGUCAACUGUCACUUUGCGAGCAAGAAGUGCAAAGACGUCAUCGUGGCGGCACGGAAACUCAUGACCUCCAAGAUGCACAACACCGUCAAAAUCACACCAGAGUCGAAGCUGCGUCUCCCCAAACUUCCUGCUCCGAGUUCGGAGGUGAAGGUGAAACAAGACAUCGUGAAGGAGGAGGCGAUGAUGGAGAACUCGAAGCAGCUUUCUGCUUGGAGUCUGCGUCUGCCUGCCUGUCGAAUCAGUGAAUCUGUGCAGCAGCUGAUGGAGCUGGCUCUCAACACCCUGUGUGAAGCUGUGGGAAGCUCCACUCAGUGCGCUCUACAACUCUUCUUCACUGUGAGAAACAUUUUCCAGCUGUUCUAUGACGUCGUACCAACGUACCACAAGGAGAACCUGCUUAAGUUUCCUCAUCUAGCUGCCAUCCAGCACAACAACUGCAUGUACCUGGCCCAUCACCUGCUCACUCUGGGCCACCACUUCAGAAGCCACCUGCCAAAUCCCCUCAGUGACGGUGUUGCAACUUUUGUUGACAUGGUGCCCGGAUUCAGGAAGCUGGGUGCCCAGUGCUUCCUAACGCAGCUCAACGUUCAGAGAGCUGAACUGCUGGAGAGACUUUCCACUGCUCACAACUUCUGCAACCUGGACGAUGAAGACAACUACAUUGCAGCCAGCAAAGCAGUAAGACAGGUCAUUCAUCAGUUGAAACAGCUUGGCACAGUGUGGCAGGACGUCCUUCCUGUCGGCAUCUAUUGUAAAGCCAUGGGAAACCUCCUUAACACGGCCAUCACUGAAGUCAUCGCCAAGAUCAUGAUGCUCGAGGAUAUUUCGUCUGAGGACGGUGAGCACCUUCACACACUGUGUCAGACCAUCAUUGAGGAAGGCCCGCUGGUCUUCAUCCCUCUGGCCGAGGAGCACAAGAACAGGAAGUACCAGGAGGAGGUGCCGCUCUACGUGAAGAAGUGGAGUACGUUCAAGGAGCUCGUCAUCGUGCUGCGGGCGAAUCUGCAGGAGAUCGUCGACAGGUGGGCCGACAGUAAAGGUCCGCUGGCCGUGGAGUUCUCCAGUUCGGAGGUGAAGAGUCUGAUCCGAGCCUUGUUUCAGAACACAGAGAGGAGAGCUGUGGCUCUGACUAAGAUCAAGUAGAUUGUUGGAGCACACAAACACCAGAAAGAUACUAUAGCACCUUUUCCUCUGUGGAAAAUACACCUUUAUUCAUUUCCAUUUUCUGUUGUGUCCAGCAAAGUAAACAUUUCCAUGUGUAUCGGCUGAACGGUUUGAAUUGGAAGCAUCAUGUGAAGAUAUCAGCCGGUUGUAAUCAGUCUGUGCUCCUUGUCAGACUGCAAUUAGUCCUGCAGAGAUUACAGGGAGGCUUCUUUACCACCACCAAACCCACUGGGGUUGUGUAACCAGUGACUGACCAUCUGUUGAUGUGAUGCAGGAUUCAGGGUUAACUUUGAUGCUCGUUGUUAAUCAAACUUCUCACCCUCGCUUGUUCCAGAGCUCCCAGCUUCUCUGUACUGAUUGUUCUGUUUGAUCCUGAAAAUGACCACGAAGUUCUGACAAACGCACUCUGGACCUUUCAUUUGUUAUUAAUUGUUCUCAUGUAUGAGCCAUUAACCUCACCUCCCCAUAAUGUAUUUAUUACUUGUCCAAAUAAACCCAAAGACUCAGAACCUUU